UUUAACAGUUUUAUAAUUUAAACGGACGCUCUAUUAUUUCUAAACAUUGGCGUAUUAGAACCAAUUUACUGUUCGGCGAAAUAUAAAGGUUUAUGCAAUUCCCAGUUACCGCUACUAUUUACAAAACAGAAAUACGUUCUUAGUUAAAUUAAUACUUAGGGCACGCACAGUCUUUAAACAACAAAGCAAUAUUUAAAAUCAAAUGACAUUUUGUGGAAUUGUAUUUCGUCAUUAAGUUGUACGCUAGUACACUGUUAUUGUGUGAGUAACUAGACCAAUUUGAAAGGAAAUGCCGAUUUCGAGUUCACUUUAAUAGCAGUCUAUUUUGGGUUUUGAUACUGAAUCGUCAUGGAAAUGAAUAAGAUUUUGCGCGAAAUUCUCUUUAAAGCUGAACUAGAACGCCACAUUGUUUCUGAAUGCGAAGACCAGGCGCGCAUACUUUGUGGAGAGAACCCAGACAAGCGGUUGCAUGUUAUCGAACAACUGAGGGAUUUAAUAUUAGAACGAGGUGAAUGUUACCCGCCUAGACUGGACGACGCGUUUUUACUGAGGUUUCUACGUGCGCGCAACUGUAUACCGGCUCGCGCGCACCGCCUGCUGGCCCGGUACUGUAAAUUCCGGGAACAGAACCCACACCUUUGGCGCGAUGUCUAUUGGUAUGGCUUAGCUAGACUCGGGAACAUCUUUGAAGGAGUCCUAUUCGACAGACCGGAUGUGGGCAGACUGAUCAUUGGAAGACUUGGUCAAUGGGACCCAGACGUCUUUUCUGCUGAUGAGCUGGUGCGAGGCUGCCUUCUCCUUCUAGAGGUGGGAAUCUUGCAGCCGAAGCUCCAAGUAUUGGGUGGGACAGCACUCGUGGACUGCCAAGGGAUGACAUUGAAGCACAUGCGUCAUCUUACUCCAUCGAUUGCUUUACAAGCGAUGAAUGUUAUGGGGUUUGCAUUCCCGCUACAGCAACGUAGCGUACACAUAGUAAAUUGUUCCCGCGUCAUAGAGAAUUUGUUCUACCUCUUUAAACGUCUGGCGCCCGCGGACGAUCUCUGGAAGAGGGUCUACUUUCACGGAUAUGAUUACUCCUCGUUACACCGAUACCUAGACCAGGAAUGUCUUCCAGAAAGAUACGGAGGACACCGCGAAGCAGUAUCACUAGGUGAAUGGCUUACAGCCAUCAACCAAUAUAGAAAAGAAGACUUUGACAAGGACAUGAGCAGUAUUGGCUAUGCAGUUUAGAUUAUUGAACAGUUUUAAUAUAAUGAUAUUUAUAAACUGGGAUGAUAAAAAAAAGAAACAAAA